AUGGAUACUAAAACUUCUGUUACAUUAGCUAAAGUCAUCAAGGUUUUAGGAAGGACUGGUUCUAGAGGUGGUGUCACCCAAGUAAGGGUUGAAUUUUUAGAAGAUUCUUCAAGAACUAUUGUUAGAAACGUUAAAGGACCAGUAAGAGAAAAUGAUAUCUUGUGCUUAAUGGAGUCCGAGAGAGAGGCAAGAAGAUUACGUUAA